AUGGAACAUGUUUUACCAAGUUACAAAUUCGUUGACGAUACGGAGGAGUUGAGGGAAGUGUGAGUUCCGUUUAUGAGGUUAAUAUUUCUAGAUCACCGAGGAAAGAAGGACUUGUUCUUUGCGAAUGUACGCCUUCUUUAAAAAAUAUGCCAGACAUAAAAUCAGAUGAGCAACGAUUUUGUUUUUUAAAGUAAGUUUGUGUCGCUUUUUUACGUGUUAGGUCUUUGAGGGGACAGUCGAAGAAAGCCAUUGAAGAUGCAUGUCCUACUUUGAUUUCUUUAUCAACACAGAAUUAUGAUGCGCCAUUCAAGACAGCAUUUGAAGAGUUCCUAUUAGAGUUUUUAAGUUCCUCUGAUAGCAGACUUGUUCGGAAAACCUGCUUACAUUUGCUAAGAAGUAUAUUUUAUCCUUUGUCUGAGUUCGAAUCCUUUUUCUCCUUAUUUUCUACAUUGGAAGAAUCACAAGUUGGUUUUUAUUUUGAUUAAUAAUAUUGUUAAAGUACCAUGUGAUUGAGCCUAUACUUCCCAAAUUGAACAAUCUUGUCGAGCUCGUGAAAGAAAAGCACUUAGCUUGGGAUUAUUUGAAGGCUGUCCUGAAGAAGAUGAUAUCCCACACAAAUGGAUGGAUUAGAUGUUUUGGCUUUCAGAGUCUAACCAAUGUUCCUGUGGACGUGUUCCGCUCAGACAUAAACGUAAGUUAGCUCCAAUUUUAUCAUUAUUGAGUACAGUUUGUAGUGUUUGAUUAUUAUAAAAGUCUGAAUUCUUAUGAUCCCUUCUGGCGAUUGGACGAAACGGUUGGAGUUGUCAGUUAUAUAGGGAAGCUCAGGAAUAUAAACAAGCAAUGUUUGUCCGGCAGGUUUGUCUUUAAAUUUCGAUUUUUCUUUUAGAAUCCUUUGUGAAAUCGCUUCUUUCGUUGUUUGAGAGUAGAUUCAGUCCUUCUCCGUUAUUAUUUCUCAGCCAGACAUUGCCUGAUGUGAAUGACAAAUAUCUCACCGAUGAUGAUAUGCCUCUGAUACGGUGGGUACUUCAUUUGCUUUUUAAAUUUAUUUGUUUUCAGCCGGGUCAUUUCUGAGAUUUGUUGCCUACAGUAUCCCAAUCUUAAGAACGAAGUCGUUUUCAAUUUUAUAAAAUUUUUGUUUGCUGCAUUUGAUUGGGUAUGUUUUUGGUAUUAAGUAUGUUUUGCAUAUUUUUAGGAAGGCCCGAGUAGUGGAAAAGGGAUAAUUUCCCUUUUCACUUUUUUCCCAUUACCCUUGAGAGUAAAUGUUUGCGGUCUUGUUGUAAAAUACGUCAACCCAAGAGAUCUGAUAGCACUCUUUGAUGGCAAAAUUUUACAUAACGGACUUCUGGAGCUUCUCUCUUGCUUGCCGACUUCUGAUUUUAAUGAAUUUAUGUUUUCUUGCGAUGAUAUUAAUGUUAAGUUGAUGAUGGCCUUCAGAAGGCAUGACUUCCUUGAAGAGGACGUAGUCAAACAGCUGUUUAUUGAAAGAUUAUUUGUGGCUGUCGAAAAGGUGGUGAAUGAAGAAGAGUAUAUAAAUUUAUGCCUUGGUCCUAUUCUAUCAAGGCUUGACGUAACAACAGAUAUCCAUGAAAUGUUAAUCUCGAAUUUAGAGGAUAAUGUGAGUAUACGUAUUUUUUAUUAUAUGUUUAGAGAUCAAAUAUAUCAAGAAGAGGUUUGCUCCUACUGUUAUCACAUUGUAAAAAUUCUUCUCUUCCUCGUUUAUGUGGACUAUCAUCUGUUGAAGAACUCGCUUUUUUCCAUUUAAUAUCACUAUCAACGCACUUAUAUAACGAUGACUUCAAUAAUGAAAUAAAAAAGAAUAUAGAUGUCUUCUCGACCGAAACAGAGAAAGCAAUUUUAUUCUUGGAGGAUUGUUCUAGGAUUUUGAAAAAGGUAGAUUGGACGAUGUUUGCUUAAAUCUUGUUGCAGGUCGACUCAGAAACUAAGAGUUUAUUGUUGGAAAGAUGUGAAGUUUUGGCGAAGGAAACCCAGAAGUCAUCAAACUUUCCGAUUGUCUGCAAGUAUUGGAUAAUUAUCGCAUUGUCUGCACUCCAAGAGGUAGAGAAGACUUCGAUGGUAAGUUAUAUUACUAUUUGGAUGCUAGUCAUUACAGAAUUCAUUAGAGAAGAUAAUGGAGAUCGGAUUGAAGAACCCACAGGUUGCAUUUAUGCUCUCAAGAGAGGUGAGAAGCAGCAGAUUACCAGACUGCAUGGCCAAUAUGAUGAUGAGAUUGGCCAUUUAUGGGGAUGUGGUGAAGAAAGAUGAUCUGGUCUUUCAUUUGGCCAAUGCUACGGCCAAGAGGAGCGAUGAUUUGAUUUAUCAGUAAGUUCUUUUAAUUCUUCUUACCUUUUUGUUUAGUUUUGAUAAACUGUCUACAAUGGUUAGGGAAAAUGCGAUCUUAUCGAUCUUUAAUCAAGACAAUACAGAAAGUUUUUAUUCCGCACUGACCAAAGAAGUUAUUGAAGAAAUUGUUGAAGUCGAUAAAACAAAAAGCAGGUACGAUUUCGAUUAAAGAGUAGUAUACAGGGUGUCCCAAAAAAAUGCAUGUUUUUUAUGACUACAUUUUAUAUACCAAACAAAAUUUAGCCAAACUAACGAUGGAUAUCAGUAACAUAGAGGAUUAUUGAUAACAUAUCAAGCCAGUUUCACAGUGGCUGCCCUUGGUGGCGAUAUAGAGCUUCAAACGUAACUUAAAAUUUUGGGCUCGGGGCCGCAGCCUUUUUCGAGGAAAUCGGUCCCGUUCUUGGCGCAACGAUUACUUUGCCAUUCCAAACUUUUGUAGUGUGUAGUACAGGCAAUGGCCUCCAAUUGAAAAAAAAAAUAUAGUCAAUCGGAUUCAGAUCCGGCGAGCAGACGGCCAUUUUGCGGACGGGGUGAAAUCGGGAAAAUCGUUCCCAUUUCGGGUCCUGAGUCGAUUUUGCCUUGUGAGCCGGAGCUGAGUCUAGCAAGGACGCCAAAUUUGCAUUGCCGAGGUUCUGCUGAGUCAACAGAAGUACGGGAAAAUCAAGAUUAACGCGGCGCUAAAAUUUUGCCCCCUUGAUCCGAGAAAACCAUGGAAUUCUCGCCACUGGGAGAAAUUCCGCCUUAGGCGAUGACGGCCCGGAUUUUGACGGUUUUCGACGUUAGCCGACAUGCCGAGGGCCUCAUCUAAGAAGAUCCAAUUGCUCUGGUGGUUGUGCAUCCGCCAAAUAUUGAACCACGAACGAAUGCGCUCACGUCUGUGAGUUGCGGCCCAGCCCUUGAGUUUUCGACAUUUUUCGCGCCGCACGCACUUGCCGUCUACUUUAAAGAUCUGAGCUUUUUACAGCUUAUACAGCGUGAGGCGUAGCUCAUCAUAGACUAUUCGGGUGACCGAUCGGUCGCUGAUGCCGAUCUCACAGGCAAAUUUUUCUUGAAAAUAGCGUUUUGCUGUUGGUGUUCUCCCGGUUGACAGAACCGCUGGCGGUGCGUUUUCCUUUACGUCCUGGACGCUUACUAUCGUUAUCAAGCUCCUUACAUCGCGUGAUUACUUUUGACUCAACGUCCUUUCUAUACUGGGCAAAUUUACAACUUGAACGGCUCAAAAAUAGUGACAAAAUCGCAGUUCCUUUGUUUGAAAUUUAAAAAAACCAUGUUCGUUAAUCGAUAUGAACACGAAACGGAAAUGUCUAGGACAGAAAAACACGGAGAUUUUAGUAGUACAAAAAUCUUUUGGCCUGACCUAAACAUUUUUGCGUCAGGACCCAUCAAAAAAACAUGCAUUUUUUUUGGGACACCCUGUAAAUUGUCAUGUUUUCUGCAGAUCUUUUGGUUUAUCUCUUGGGCAUCGAUUGAAAACCCGGCUCGUCUUGUUACUCCUUUUACUAGUCAAACAGAAUUCGAAUAAUCCGCACAAAGAGAGAAUCAUUAGUCUUUGCAUCAACACAAUCCUCGAUGGAAGCCAACAGUUCUCGAUCAAACUUCCUGUUGAAUGGAUUCUUACAACUUAUUGUAUGGAAAGCGAAGAAUUCCUCGAGGAAUGGCUCCAGAAAGACGUAUACUUUGGAGAGAAGAGAAUCGGUUCUGUAGUCUCUUGGAUGUUCGUUCUUCUCAGAUAUUUGAAAGAUCGACCUCAACGAAUAUACGAUGCAGUAUUCAGGAUGUUAAGAUGGAUUACUGUGACAAACUUCAGUGUUAAAUGCGCAACAAUAGCUGUUUUGAAACUGCUCUUUAAAUGGCAUUCCAAGGAGAUGAUGGAAGAUCCGAGAUUGGAGUUUGUUAAAGACUUGGUGACCUUCAAUCCGGAGAUCGGCGGGAAUUCUCAAGAAGUCGUCAACAACAUUGUAAAGGACCCCUUCUUCAACGAUAUCAACUCUGAUCAACUCGAUUUGCAUGUCGUGUUUUACCAAUUACCCUUUCUUUGUGGAAUGCCAAGAGAUGAAUUGAUCUUUGAGAUAAGACCGGGCCCUGAGGCACUAAAAGUUCUUGUAGACUUCCUGAAGGAAUUCAGAGAAGGACCAUUGAAGGAGUCAGACGUGUUCUCGAGUAAGUGCAAUAUAAAUAACUGAUUAGUGUACUCUAGCAUUGGUCAAGAACAAAUUCUCAGCUCCCGAAAUGUUGUCCAUGAUUCCCGAAAUGAAAUGUAAUGAUUUUACAGAAGAUUUCCAGCAGAAAAUUGAUCCAAAUGAGAAUAAAUUUGAGAGAAAUGGGAAGGAACUUGUUGUGGUGGCCAGUUUGAUCAAUAAAACGGCCAAUUUGGGAGGUCAGUAAAGCAUUGCGGUUCAUCCAAUUAAUGUCUUUUUAUUUUUUCAUGUGAACAUUUAGGACUCUGUCGUACUUGCGAGGUAUUCGGGGUUUCUGCUCUAGUUUUGUCAAACGAGAAUAUAAUCUCCGAUCAGAAUUUCAAGGCUUUGAGCAUGUCGGCCGAGAAGUGGAUUCCCAUUAUUGAGGUGAAGCCAGAUGAAUUACUCGAAUUCCUCGAAUCUUCCAAGCUCCAGGGAUACAAGGUUGUCGCAGCGGAACAAACAUCAGCCUCGAUCCCUCUACACGAAUUCGAAUUCCCUGAUAAAACACUGAUAUUAUUGGGAGAAGAGAAGAGAGGAGUGCCGCCAGAAUUAAUCAGAUCGGUGGAUCAAACUGUUGAGAUCGAGCAGUUCGGACAGACCAGAUCCCUUAAUGUCCAUGUCUCCGCUUCCUUGUUCAUCUACCAAUUUGCUUCACAAAAGUAUUGUUAG